UUUUUAUCUACUCUAAGUUGAAACAAACACACUAAUGCAAGUUUCCACUUCACUGUCAAGUUUCAACACCUUAUGUUUCUACUAUACCCUUAAAUACCUCCCUCAAUUAUUAUUUUUCUAAUUUUCACGUCCAAAACAACCAAACACAUUUAUAACCAAUCGGUGUUGACCUAUGAAGCACGGACACUCUUCGGAUUAGGCGUGUUCCGGUGUCGGACACUUGUAAUUACACUGCAUUAUCUAUUUUUUUCAAAUUAUUAGCUGUGUCGGCGUAUCAGUGUCAGUGUCCGUGUCGUAUCUGUGUCCGUAUCCAUGCUUCAUAGAUGUCAACCAAGCUUUUAUUUUGUACUACUUAGGCAGUAGUUUUUUCCUCUUUAUAUCAGAACCUUCUCUCUGUGCUAGCUACCUAUAGAUUCUUUUAAGAAGCACUAAAUUUCUUUGUUUUUGUUAUCCAAAAGAUGAAAAGAAUGGAUAUCUUCUGUGCUUCACAAGCCUCAACAGCAAUAUGUCUUAGCAUGGAACAAGCUUCAUGCUCCUCUUCAAAUACCAUUCAACUUGGAGGCAAAGUCAUUGAUCGCCACAACCCUAUUAUCAAUGAUUCAAGAAGAAGCACUUCCAAGACUAUCACUGCUCCAUGUUCUUCUUCUCAGCUACCUAUUGACCCCAAGAAGAAAACCACUUCUUCUUCUUCUUCUUCCAAGCCAAUUGGACAGAACAUGAAAAAUGGAGCUAAAGUUUAUGAGCAAAAGAAGAAAAGCACAGAGGAAAAUGUCACUAACAGUUACUCUUCUAAGACGAUUGAUUCCAUUCUGAAAAGGAGAUUGGUUAAGCCAAAUUCUGACUCAAUUACUCCACAUGGUUCAACUAGAUCUUUGCUCAGCGACACAACUUUUUUAGAUGGCUCUUCAGAUUAUGAUUCUAGCUUGGUAUUAACUAAGGUUGAUGAUAAAAAGGAUCAAGUUGUUGGUCAAAAUGAAGCCAACCCUGCAUCGAAAUCGGGCUCCUCAAGCCAGGUUGUGGUAUUGAGGGUUUCUUUGCAUUGCAAAGGGUGUGAAGGGAAGCUGAGGAAACACAUCUCUAAAAUGCAAGGAGUUACCUCCUUCAACAUAGAUUUUGCUGCAAAGAAGGUGACAAUAGUUGGGGAUGUGACUCCAUUUAGUGUGUUGGCAAGCAUAUCAAAGGUGAAGAAUGCACAAUUUUGGCCAUCACUUGGAUCUGACACCAAAGAAACCAAAUUCAUCUAAUUAGGAAGAAAGUUGAAUAUUUAUGGCAUUGAUGUACCCUUUAAUAUUAAUUUAUCAAUUUAAUUAUUGUAAUUUUUAAAUGCAGAUUUUAGCAAGGGUUACUCUGUCUUUGAAAGCAGUUAGGGGGUGGUGGUAGAGUAAAAUCAUGAAAUUUACAUGCAUUUUUUAUUCAUGCUUGAUUCUAAUAUGUAAUAGUAUUUUGUUUUUGUUUCUUGAAAAAAAAGAAUGCACAUAGUGUCACAAGUCACAAGAGUUAUAUUUUUCGAGGUGACACGACAAAAUAGCACGAUAAUAUUGUUUUUGGCA